UGUAAAAGCAACAAGACAAGAUUGUCAACAAUCCAAGUCAUUCUUUCAAAAUUUUAAGUGUUUUUCUUAUCUUCAGCGAAUUUUAAUAUGGCAAAAUCUGGUGAUAAGCCUACUACUCGAAAGCCAUACGAAGAAAUUGGUGCUAUUUUCAAUGGAAACGAGGUGAAAAUACGGGUACCAAAAAGUACAUCAAAACCCCCAAAGCUGACUCCGUCACAGAUAAAGCUGCAAAGCCACUGUACUUGUGAUGAAAACGAAUCUGUGUGUUCUGAAACAUGCGGCUUUGGUGCUCAAGGAGAAGGACUGAAUAGACUCAACUUCCAGAUUCCUGAUGACAUAUGUGAAUCAUUAACAAACCGUACAGCCCUAAAUUCUGAGAUGACUUAUACGAAAAGCGAAGCUCACGGCACUCUCUGCAAUGUGUGUAAUGUAACACCUUCAGACGCCCCCAAAGGCGUACAAGCACAGAAAGUGUUACAUCCCGACAAAGAUGUGUUUAUAUUGAAAAUAGGCAAGCAAACCGAUGAACCAAACCGAACGGGAAACAUUGAGGUAGAGUUGGUGACACCUCGAGCUCCAGCGAAGCUUCAGCCAACGCCGCAUUUUUGCAAACAAAUCCAAUGCGAAGAAGGAGAACUGCCAUGCUGCACACCAUGCCGGGCUUGCCGAGGUGCAGCGCCGAGAAAAAGAAAGGUCAAAACUUCAAGAUGUUGCACUUGAUGACAAAAGUUGUCUUGGAUAAAUAUUAAAUUAUUUCUUUCAA